AUGGCUUACUGGAUCUGCUGUAACUCCUGCUUCAACCUCCCUGGUCCUGAACGCAAACUAGCUGUUACCACCUGUGGUCAUGUCAUCUGCAAUGUGUGUUUUCAGAAAGGUAGCAUGUUCAGUCUGUCUAUUUAAUUGUGCCAAUGCACCCUGUUAUGUAUCUUUAAAUGAAUUAAGCUCAGCAUAUCAUACUACCUUACUUCUGAUGCUAUAUGAGAAAAUAUAUGUUCCUCCAUGAAACUCAGCCUAUUUCUCGGUUUGCAGCAGUUCUGUCUUUUUUAGAACACACAGGCUAAACUUGAACACACUGACCUCUGCUGGUCUUUGUCUGAUGUUACAGAAACAAUUUGGCUAUACAAAAAACUGUCAUGCUGUUUAAAAGCAUCGUUCUAGUCAGUGUUAUAUUCUUAAUGGCAUGCUAUUGUAUUGUAUAUGAUAUUGUGCUUGUUCCAAUAACCACAUUGUACAUUUUCUUUCAGGCAAUCAAGGAGAAUGCCUGAUAUGUAAGGCAAAAUGUCAAGUUACUCCUCUCUCAGACAAAGUAAGUAGUGAUACAGUAUCUUAUAGAUGUGUUUGUCUGGCGAGGCUCACAAACAAAUCUAUUUGAUAACCUAAACUUUACAAUCUUUACUUUCACAGAGUAGUGCAGAAGUAAAGGCCCUCUUCUCUGACAUCAAUUCUGUAGCAACCAAACACUUCACAGAGAUAAGCAAGGUAUUUCUCUUGAUGCUCAUAAUAGGAUAGGCACAUAAGAAAUUAGCCUAUUUAUAGUGAACAUUUUUAAACACCUCAAGGUUGUACACUGCCGGUCAAAUGUUUUAGAACACCUACUCAUUCAACGUUUUUUCUUUAUUUGUACUAUUUUCUACAUUGUAGAAUAAUAGUGAAGACAUCGAAACUAUGAAAUAACACAUAUGGAAUCAUGUAGUAACCCAAAAAGUGUUAAACAAAUCAAAAUAUAUUUUAUAUUUGAGAUUCUUCAAAUAGCCACCCUUUGCCUUGAUGCACACUCUUGGCAUUCUCUCAACCAGCUACACCUGGAAUGCUUUUCCAACAGUCUUGAAGGAGUUCCCACAUAUGCUGAGCCCUUGUUGGCUGCUUUUCCUUCACUCGGCGGUCCGACUCAUCCUAAACCAUCUCAAUUUGGUUGAGGUCGGGGAAUUGUGGAGGCCAGGUCAUCUGAUGCAGCACUCCAUCACUCUCCUUCUUGGUAAAAUAGCCCUUACACUGCCAGGAGGUGUGUUGGGUCAUUGUCCUGUUGAAAAACAAAUGAUAGUCCCACUAAGCGCAAACCAGAUGGGAUGGCGUAUCGCUGCAGAAUGCUGUGGUAGCCAUGCUGGUUAAGUGUGCCUUGAAUUCUAAAUAAAUCACUGACAGUGUCACCAGCAAAGCACCCCCACACCAUAACACCUCCUCCUCCAUGCUUUACGGUGGGAAAUACACAUGCAGAGAUCAUCCGUUCACCCACAUCGUGUCUCACAAAGACACAGCGGUUGGAACCAAAAAUCUGUAAUCUAAUGUCCAUUGCUCGUGUUUCUUGGCCCAAGCAAGUCUCUUCUUCUUAUCGGUGUCUUUUAGUAGUGGUUUCUUUGCAGCAAUUCAACCAUGAAGGCCUGAUUCACACAGUCUCCUCUGAGCAGUUGAUGUUGAGAUGUGUCUGUUAAGUCUGUUGAACUCUGUGAAGCAUUUAUUUGGGCUGCAAUUUCUGAGGCUGGUAACUCUAAUGAACUUAUCCUCUGCAGCAGAGGUAACUCUGGGUCUUCCAUUCCUGUGGCGGUCCUCAUGAGAGCCAGUUUCAUCAUAGCGCUUGAUGGUUUUUGCGACUGCACUUGAAGAUACUUUCAAAGUUCUUGAAAUGUUCCGUAUUGACUGACCUUCAUGUCUAAAAUUAAUGAUAGACUGUCGUUUCUCUUUGCUUAUUUGAGCUGUUCUUGCCAUAAUAUGGACUUGGUAUUUUACAAAAUAGGGCUAUCUUCUGUAUACAACCCCUACCUUGUCACAACACAACUGAUUGGCUCAAACACAUUAAGAAGGAAAGAAAUUCCACAAAUUAACUUUUAAGAAGGCACACCUGUUAAUUGAAAUCCAUUCCAGGUGACUACCUCAUGAAGCCGGUUGAGAGAACGCCAAGAGUGUGCAAAGCUUUCAUCAAGGAAAAGGGUGGCUAUUUGAAGAAAUAUAAAAUAUAUUUUGAUUUGUUUAACACUUUUUUGGGUACUACAUGAUUCCAUAUGUGUUAUUUCAUAGUUUUGAUGUCUUCACUAUUAUUCUACAAUGUAGAAAAUAGUAAAAAAUAAAGAAAAAACGUUGAAUGAGUAGGUGUUCUAAAAAUGUUGACCGGUAGUAUAUAAAAACAACAUAUUUAUCCACUCUAUUAGGUGUUACUAUUCCAGGCAAGGCACCAAAAGAGGUUGUUGGCGCAUUUCCAGCAGAGGGUGAGGCUGGGGGACAUUUAGUUGUACCUCUACUACUAUUUAAUAAUACCAAAGAGUUGAAUGGUAGCCUAUGUCUUGUGGUGUUAUAAUCUGAAACAUCUGUGCUCCUUAUUUUUCAACCCGUUUAGAAUGAAAAGUUAGAAGAAGUUUUACUCAAGAUGAAGCAAGAAAUGCAGCAAAUGUCCAAGUAAGAAUGCAAAUCAUUAGACAUCACGUAGCAGAAUUCAGUACCACAUAUUAACGAUGGCUUAGUGCGACUUUAACAUUCUUAUAUUUACCAGAAAAAUGACUGAGCAGAAUUCCUAUAUUGCCAAGCUGGAGAGCACUCUUCCGCAUCAAAGGUAUCAAUAUCUUUAUGGGUGUUACUGCUUUCUACUCACCAGGGGUCACUAUUGUCAUCUUGAUAUCAACAUAUUUUUUAUUCAGACCAACUCGUUAGUAUUAAUGACCAUGGUUGGAGAUUAAUCACAUUCCUCUCUCUCUCUGUACAGUGCAAAAGCAGCUUCUACAUCUCAGCUGAACCAUAGUUCUCACAACGCUCGUUCACAACAAAUCAAAUCAGAUCAAAUGCAGAUGCCGUUCAACUCGCCCAUGUCCCUCUCUCGCCACUCAUCUACUACAAGUCUGUAAGUAUUACAUCUUAGGAAAUCUGCAUUAGGCCUACGCAUAUAAAAAAAAAAGUGAACCCUUUAGUUAAAGGUUACAAAUGUCUAGCCUAAAUGAAGAUGCUAGUACAUGGCAUAUAUCCAGGAACAAGAUAAUGUAUUGUGUAACUGUUUUCUGAUGCUUUGACUUAAAAUAUGACAUGGCGUGCUGCGUUCUGCGGUCGUCCUGACCCUGUUUGAUUUAUAAUCAGCAUGCUGUGGACUAGUCUAGCUGACAGACAGAGCAUGUGUCUGUCUGCUGGCCUCUCUGGGCUCUCUGUGGGGCCCUUUGCUCCAUACCUCUAUCACAACAGCCCUGAGCUGCAGGGGAGAAAGGGGAUCCUUCAAUGUAAACUGUGUAUAGCCUGACUUCAUUCACCCUAGCUGCUGUUUGGCUUUGCCCUGCAGUACCACACCAGUCUCACCUGAAUAAGCUGGGCAGGCUUGUGAACAUUACGUCUGAGUGAGCAUUUCCAUAAUCUUUCUUCCUGGGUUCUAUGAGAAUGAAAUGUGACAUGCCAUGUUAUGUGAUUUCCCCUCAGGGCAGAAAACAUGGAGGUGGAUAGCAGGGGUCUGUUUAGGAAAGUAUGUGAACCUUUUCAAUUGACCAAUAAUGGUUCAAAUCAGAGACAAAUAUUUAUAUUAUUUGUAUCUAAAUAUGUCUCUGGUUCAUAUUAAUAGUCUACUUAUUUAAUUUUGAGAGUGAAUACUAGAUGUGUAUACCCUGACUCCAAAUCAUUCUUUGAUGUUUAAUACCAGUGAUGAGGUCUAUUGCAUACUGAAACUGGUUUUAAUGAUCGAGACGUAUGUUUGUACAAAUAGAAAUGUGUUUUUCUCCCUGAACAGCCGGAGCUCUCUGGAAGUGUCCAGAGGUUGUCCUUGAUCAGCCCUCCACAGGACGGCCGGAUGGGUACGUCUGCUACUCUACUCUGCUCUACUCCACAGACAGACAGAUAGAUGCCUGUGGAGCUGUUCACUGCUUACAUAACAGCACAAUGCUUCAAUGGAUUCAACUUCUGUCUGUUGUAUCUGAUUAAGGGUUUUCGUUUCUGUUUGUGGUUAGUAGACUCUGCUAUGAGUCUGGAAGUCGUGAGUUUUAGCAUACAGUAUUUAGGGUGUUGCUGAACUUGUGGUGUGUGAAUUCUAAAUAUUGUAUCUUUAGGUACUGUCCCCCAUCGAUCGACCAAUCAGAACACCCUAGUCAACCACUCAGCUCGCUCGGCCACUGUCAGGUAUAACUUGUUAUAAUCAGAUCAUUAUGAUGACUUAAUCAUUUAUACACCAGUGUGCUAUGACACAAUAAAUUAACUUUGAUGCCUUGCCUUCUGUCCUCCCAGCCGUCUGGCGGAGCUGCAGAUGACCCCUAACCUGCCGUAUCGUAGGGACACAGGGUGGGAGACGCCCGUGUUCAAGCCCCCGUCAGCCUACAGACACUCCUCCAUGUCUUCUCUGGUCAUGUCCUCUCUGGGAGUCACCUACCCUCCACCAUAA